CAACAACGUUAAAGAUAUUUUAACUAGUGUCCUACUUUGAAGCGAAGCGCUGAAAAUAAACAAAUGCUGCUAAUACGUUUAUGUUGAAAAUACUCUGUUUUUAAACGUGGCUGUCAAGUCGGGUUAGCAGCCAUGUGCUCACCAAUUAGCGCUGCUGACGGCUAGUCAGAGUAAGUGAGGUUAGUCGGUGAAGAAGCUAACUAGUUAGCUUUUAACGUUGAGGCGCGGUGACGUCAGCGUUUGUGGCUGGUGGUCGGGUGGGCGUGGCCUCCGGCUGUAAACAGGAAGUAAGAGUCCGUGCAGCAGCAGCUAACCUGGCUGAGUUAGCAUGUGAUCCUAGUGCGGCUCUGCUAGCAGGAGAGUUGUUGCCGGACAAAGCUGCUUAUUGUUGAGCGGAGCAGCUGACUUUGUUCUCCAGGAAAGACAUGACUUUCCUCAUCUGAAUGAAGAUUUCUCGGGAACGUGACAACGGCAAGGAGGAAGUUUGAGUCUUCUUUUUGAACUGUGGUCGUUGUCACAUAGGUGCGGUUGUUUUAUGGGACCUUGACAGUAGGCAGACGGGUGGAGAUCAUCUGGGUCAUGUUGGAGCUUCACUUGUUGGCCACGCCUCCGCAUGAGUCUGAGGAGUGACUGGACUGUCUCAUGAAGACUGCCGAGUCCUGAGUCAUUGUUCAGCAUCAUCAUCAUCAUCAUCAUCAUCGUCCUCCCAGCAUGUCCCAAUCCGCCUCGCCUCCUGAGACACACGUCUCCACAGAACUUCCUGUAACAGCCACCACAGAAGGGUCAGAGGCCCAUCUCAUGGACAGCGACAACACCCCCAUGAGCAUUUUGAAGGAGGGGGCGGAUCCAACAAAGUCGUCACAAAACGGACUUAUCGACACUAACCAGAUGGAAGAAGAGUUGCAAGGGGGUGUGGCCACAGUGGGAGAGCCAGGUCAGGACGCGGACGUGCUCGAGAGUUCUUCCGUGGCAACGGCCGACAGUUCAGACGAGCCACGAGAGUCCAGCGACUCCGCAUCCUUCUCCAUUCCCAGUCUGGAUCUGUCGGAUGGGCCGGCGGCCGCAGGAAGUUCUCAGGAUGUGGAUGACGUCCUGUCCUCGUCCUACUCUGCCUUGGGGGCGGAAGGUUGCUCUCCGUCCAAUGAGGUGGCCAGCCUGAAGGAGGACGAGCUGUCAGGGGGCGCUGCUCCUACGACGGCCACCACCACGUCCACUGAGGCGGGCCCAUCCACACCGGCAUAUUACCUGGUGAAGUGGAUCACCUGGAAGGAGAAGAAGACACCCAUCAUCACUCAGAGCGAGAACGGACCCUGCCCCCUGCUGGCCAUCAUGAACAUACUCUUCCUGCGCUGGAAGGCCAAGCUUCCUGCUCACACUGAAGUGGUCACCACUGAGGACCUGAUGGCUCACCUGGGUGAGUGUGUGCUGUCAGUUUCACCCAGAGAAAAGACACGCGGCAUGGAGCUCAACUUCCAACAAAACAUGAGCGACGCCAUGGCGGUGCUGCCCAAACUGUCAACGGGUCUGGACGUGAACGUUCGCUUCACAGGCGUGACGGACUUCGAGUACACCCCCGAGUGCAUCGUGUUCGACCUGCUGGACAUCCCGCUGUACCACGGCUGGCUGGUGGACCCCCAGAGUCCGGAGAUGGCGUCUGCUGUGGGAAAACUGAGUUACAACCAGCUGGUGGAGAAGAUCAUUGACUACAAACACUCUAGUGACAGCAGUCAAGUCAGUGAAGGGCUGGCAGCCGAGCACUUCCUGGAGACGACGGCGACACAGCUGUCCUAUCACGGCCUGUGUGAGCUCAACACCGCGGCCAAAGAAGGAGAGAUGUGCGUCUUCUUCCGGAAUAACCACUUCAGUACCAUGAUCAAACACAAGGGUCACUUGUACCUGCUGGUGACGGACCAGGGCUUCCUGCAGGAGGAGGCGUUGGUGUGGGAGUCUCUGCACAACGUGGAAGGAGACGGAAACUUCUGCGACUCCAACUUUCGACUGUGUCAUCCUCCUCAGAGAGCUUCGCCUCCCACCAGCCUGCCGCCAUGUGACCAGCAGCAGCAAAAGCAGAUUGACCAGGACUACCUAGUGGCGGUGUCCCUGCAGCAGGAGGGCGGGGCCUCGGGGCCCCUCAGUGACUUGGAGUUGGCUCGGCAGCUCCAGCAGGAGGAGUACCAGCAGCAAGGCCUGCAGCAGGUGACCCCUCAGGCGAGAGGUCAGGGGUCACAGCCGGGAGGGGCCAGGAGAAGAGAGAAAGACUCAGACUGUGUCCUCCUGUAACUCUCCGUCCUCAUUGUCAUCACUCACGCGCGUAUACACACACACACACACACACACACACACACACACAGAUGCCAAACCUCAGUGCUUUGUCACAUUUCAUAACACCUUCAUUAACCAGAUGUUCCUGCUCACGUCAUUAUUACCAUCGUGUGUUGAUGAAGAUAACAAUUGUCAUUGUCAUUGUUUUGGUUUCAAGGCGGACAAUAAAAUGGUUUAAAUAGAGUCUUUGUGAUGAUUGAGCAGUGGCGGUGAAGAUCGCAAAAGACCGUGGUACCAGUACCGGUUUCAUCUACACUAAGUCCGCUACUAACGAACAUCCGACGUGCGAACAUUCGGAGAUACGAACACAAGCCGACUGGUCUAUAUUUUCAUGCGUUUUGCCUCAUAAGCCCAUAUUUAUGCUGCCACAUGCUUAAAAAGCAAGCACGUAUUUAAACUGCUACAUGCUUGACCAGCAGAGGGCACUGUGACACUGUUAAUGGGACCAAAUGCGGAGGACAGAAGGAGGAGGAGGGGAGGAGAGAGAAAGCUACAUUGUAGCUGGAUGAUAGAACCCGGACAGAGCGUGUGAUUAAAGUUUAUGAAGAGUCGUCUGGAACCAAUUUUGUUCGUAAGUUGGGGACUUAGUGUAUUUUAAACACGCAUGCAAGUUACAUGGGAACACAUCACGUUGUACAAGGCACACUUCCACAUGUCUAAGAAGGAGUACGAAGAAGCAAAGCUUAUUUAAUCAUACAUUAUAUUACAUUUGUUCACUUCCUGUCCUCCAAAUGUACUCUUUGCCAUUUUAAAUACAAAGGAAAUGCACAGUAAAAUGAUAAGGCAGCAUAACGAUGUGGUAAAGUAGGAGUCAAGGUUUAUCAUCACUGUAAAUUACACAAGUCAUAAUAAUGAUAUAAUAACUGAUGAAAGGGUUAAUAGAGUGCAGACAAUGUACUCACAAAGAAAUGAAGCGUUAGCAGUAAGUGCAAGAGUGGUUAGCCAUAACGUUGUAUGUACAAAGUGGUUCAGGUCUCUUCUGUCAUUGGCACUGAGUUGGGCAGCCUGACAUCUGUGGCGGAGCAAAGGACGCCGACGAGGCUCCUUUCCAUCACGGACAGCCAGCAUCAUCCAGUGCACAGCAUCAUCUCCCGACAGAAGAGCGGUUUGGGUGGCAAGUUACUAUCACUGCUCUGCUCCGCUGAGAGAAUGAGCAGAUCAUUCCUCCCCCAUGCCGUGCCACUUUUCAACACAAGGGGGAGCAGUAAAAAAGGCACGCGGGACUGGACUUAUUUUUACCUUAUUAUGUAUCAUUAUUAUUAUGUAUUACUAUUAUUUAUGAUGUAUUAUUGAACUCCGCAUCCUUCUCCCUUCCCAGUCUGGAUCUGUCCGAUAUUUUACUAUGUUUUAUUUUUAACUGAUUUCUAUCUUUGCAAACGUCAACUGCUUGCACUGUUUCUGGAAAUUGCUCAUUCAUUGCAUUGUUUGAGUUCUUUACUCCAUCCGUUCCAUAACCUGAUUCACUGAUAUAAUAAAGCACUGUUCGCGCAUUUUUCUCUCAG